AUCUUCCUUUAUUAUGCACACAGGUGAUUCACUCGGGCGUCAAAAAUUUAGCCGCUUCUUAACUCGAGAUAAAGACCAAGACAACGACAGGGAAAACUGCGCUGAGAAAUUCCACGGAGGCUGGUGGUACGACGGCUGCGGUAGCGACAUCAGUGACUGGUUCCAGAGCAACCUGAACGGCUUGUACUACAACAACGCAACGGUCGAUGAUUACAUGGGCAUACAGUGGGUCACAUGGAAGGGUAAACAGGUCUCUCUCAAAGGAUCGGAAAUGAUGACGCGACCCAAAAUCGAUUAUCCGAUAACUGAACCGCCUGCAGAUUGUCAAGAGAUCUUGGAUGCUGGUCAGAACACUAGCGGUGUGUAUACCAUCCAGCACACACGCCAGAAUAUGCAGGUCUACUGCCGCAUGGAGUCGGGGAAAGGAUACAUAGUGUUUCAGAGACGCCAGGACGGCUCGGUGAGCUUCGACCGAACCUGGCAGGAGUACGCCGAGGGAUUCGGGAAUCUGACAGGAGAGUUCUGGCUGGGCAACCAGAAGCUGAAUGGUCUGACUGAUAACGGGAGGUGGGAGCUGGUCAUCACUCUGAGGGCGUUCGAUGGGGACGAGGCCCGUGUUCGUUAUGAGGAAUUUGAUUUACGUUGGUACAAUUACCGGCUUAGCGUCAGUGGCUUCACUAAUGAGCGUGGAGAUGCAGGUGAUUCACUAAAAAAACACAACGGCGAACCCUUCUCAACCCGAGAUGUUGACAACGACGACUCCCUGGAAAACUGCGCUCAGAAAUUCCACGGAGGCUGGUGGUACAGGGAGUGCAAUGGCAACAAAUUCAAGAGCAACCUGAACGGCUUGUACUACAACAACGCAACUGUCGAUGAUUACAUGGGGAUACAGUGGGUCACCUGGAAGGGUAAACAGGUCUCUCUUAAACGGUGCGAAAUGAUGACACGACGCAAACUGUAACCGGUGAUCGAAAAAAAUCAAUCAUAUUGAAAGACAAAAAUAAAACCAAGGGGAUAGAGGGGUCGCCGGGCUUCACCUCAGAGUUUUUCGAUAGAAAAAAAAACAAACUUUAAAGUUUUCUUGGCUAAAAAAAGACAGCGUGAAAGAUAAAUUUGGUAUUUAAAAAAAUGCAGUAGUGCAACAUUAAGAAAUAGUACUAGUAUAUCAGCAUAGGGAAAGCUCAUUUUUUUCUCACUUUUUCAAAAACACAUUAAUUAACACAGAUACUGUAGUGAUAUUUUUUUUUAUAAUGCUGUAUAAUGGUUGCGUGUUUAACUCGCUUUUUUGGGGGAGUAGUACAUUUUUUGGGGUAGUACAAUAGAUAAAAUUAACCACUUGAGUUAAAAUAUCGAUCGAAAAACAAAUCAGCCACUUUAGUUCUAGUAUAAGUUUUCCACAAAGUUCAAAAUUUUUGCAGGCUGACACUUAUUUAGUUUUCACAGGGUAUACUGGUUCCAGCCAGCUUAUAUAAACGAUAAUAAUGUAGGGAUCGGGUACCAGUCUUCUUGCAAAAAAAGUUUCCCCUGAAUUUACAUACAAAGGUGAACAUUUGUUAGCAGAAAGCAAUACAUUUGUUGGAGAGAACGCAGAGUACAUAUAACCUGAAUGGGAAGCCAACAUUUCAAUCGGUACCCGGUACUGCACUGGUACGGUUUCCUGAGGUGCAGGCUUACAUCCAGCUUAACUUUUCUGUUUAGCUGAACUCUGAUAGAGAAGUAAACGUAAAUUGAGUCCGUUAACCACCGUGGUUAACCACUAACCACGGGUUAAUCAGUCAACCUUUGUUUCGAAGUCAGCAAUUUUGUAAGUGUUGCAUAAAAACAGAAAUCAUGAAGCGCAGUUUCUGACCGAUAGUCAUAUUAAUAUAGGCUGAACGGGAAUAUGCCUAUAUUAUUUGAAACGGCUUUGCGGGAAAUAUACUUAAAAAUGAGGAUUUUUAGCUUCGUAGCGAUUCUUAAUAGCUCCACUUGAUUUGUAAAUAAUAAUAUUGUGUUUUCAGUGCAUGUUGAUUCAGUGUAUUUGAUGUCUAUCAUAACAUCAAUAUUAACCCUAAAAAGAGCUUAGCGGAAUCCUACACUGUUAUUUUUUUUGUUUCUGAUUUCAUCAUGGUAUCCUUGAUUGUAACAAGCAAUAAUCUUCUGAAAUCAUAUAUUCUUGUUUUUAUCAAGCAAUAAUGACUUUAAGCACUUGUUGUUACCUGUGGAUACACCAAACUUAAAGCUCAGUACGUCACAAACGGCAGCAAAUACAAAUGAAAUGGGAAGAACAAACGACAAGCCAAAAAGGAUGGGAUACAGUCAACAAUCAGCAUUUAAAGAGGCGGGGAAACAAUGAUUUCAAUUCAUAAAAACGAAAGUGCACGACUUUUUUAUUAUGAUUCAAAGUCAAACAAAAUCAGAGGGAGAAUAAAAACUAAAGUAAACGAAUUUAAUA